GCGGGGCGUCAGACAUCUGGGUGUCUGACUGGUGUCCGCCCCCGCAAUCUUGUCCGCACCCGGACAUUCCCGUUAGCUGUUUCGCGGUUGUUCCUGUUCUUUUCCGGUUUCAGGUUCAAGCUCUUGAUUUUUCUUUCACCUCGUCUUGUAUCGUCUAGCCAUCUUUCUUCGCCAGCGACAGAUCGCAUCAGUCGCUCGGUAGUCUUGUACUCGUGGUCUCUUAUACCACACCUAUAAUCAUACCAACACCGCAAAACAAAGCAAAGGCAAACGAAGUUUGGAUUAUCUGGCGUGAUGGGCUUCUUGGACUUUCUACCCUGCUGUGGACCUCGAAAAGACAAACUCAAGGAUUCUGAGGCUGUGGACACCGCCACCCUCUUGCCGCCAACCCGUCCCGAGUCAAUCGUCUCGGCAGACAGUCUCGCAAACUAUGGUGCCACCGAGCAGCAGGGUCUGACCGAUGAGCAAAUGGCUCGUAUAGCUGCUAUCGGACGGCAGGUCGGCAAUCACAUGCUCCCCGUGUCGACUUCCCCUCAGAACCGCACGUCUUCCCCUAUCCGCCGGUUAUCAACCUCCUCCAUCGGCUCUUCUCGCCCGCCCUCCCCGUCGCCGGAGAGGCCAGACACCAACCCCCUGGACGGCAAGAUCCAGUCCAGCGCGUCGGGCGAGACGUUGAAGCCAGAGGGGGACGAGGUUGUGAGGAAGAAUCUGUUUGCGGGGGGGAAUCUGGGUGGGGGUGGGGGUAAGGGAAAGAAGGGGAAGAAGAAUAAGGGGAAAGGGAAGAAAAAUGGGAAAAAGUGAGGAGGAUUGGUUUGAGACGAGAGAUUUGGCGAACGACUUUUAUUUGGGAAUCGGGUGGAGGUGGGUAUCUUCUGGUAAUGAGCUAUGGGGGACUGUUGUGUGGGUGGCAUAAUUGAUCUAAUGACUCUUAUACCCUUCAAGUAUGCUUCGGUAAUGACUAUGGAUGCCUUUUCUAAUUCAUA